AUGAAGAUAGCAAGAGUACGUUUUCAGUACUGCAAGGUUAUUAUUGCAACAUCUAUGGUAUGGAUUAUGCUUGAUGUGUUUGUUCUGAUGUAUUUUACUGACUGCACUAAUGGGCCAAGAUGCAGUCAGCAAGAUGGAGAUGGGAAACCAGUUGCGGAUAAAUCAAAGUCAGGUUUUUUGCAGAAGAUCUUUCCUAAUGGUUUAUUACAAGGGAGUCAGCCGCAGCGCCCUGGUGAUGGAGGUCAGACAGUAAAGGUUCCACCUGAGAGGGAAGCAGAAGCCAAAGAAACGUUCAAAAUAAACCAAUUUAAUCUUGUGGCCAGUGAUAUCAUGGCUUUAAAUAGAACUCUACCUGAUUAUCGUAUGGAUGCGUGCAAAAAGAAGAAAUAUCCACCCUUAAAGUCAUUGCCAAAGAGCAGCAUAGUUAUUGUGUUCCAUAAUGAAGCAUGGAGUACUUUACUUCGGACAGUUCACAGUAUCAUUGACAGAUCGCCUCAUGAGCUACUAGAGGAAAUUAUAUUAGUGGAUGAUGCUAGUGAAAAGGACCACUUGGGCAGUAAACUAGAUGACUAUGUCUCCAAGUUACCUGUACGUGUACAUGUGGUUCGUACGGGGGAGAGAAUUGGUUUAAUUCGAGCUAGGUUGAAAGGUGCUCACAUUGCCAAGGGUCAAGUGAUCACUUUCCUCGAUGCUCACUGUGAAUGUACCGAAGGAUGGCUAGAACCACUGCUGUCAGAAAUCCACAAUGACAGAACAGCCGUUGUUUGUCCCAUCAUCGACGUCAUAAGUGACGACACAUUUGAGUACAUCACUGGUUCAGAUAUGACGUGGGGAGGUUUUAACUGGAAGCUGAAUUUCCGCUGGUAUCAAGUGCCACAAAGAGAACUAGACAGGCGAGGUGGAGAUCGCAGUCUGCCUACAAGAACGCCAACAAUGGCAGGUGGCUUAUUUGCCAUAGACAGAGAAUACUUCUAUGAGAUGGGAUCAUAUGAUGAGGGUAUGGACAUUUGGGGAGGCGAGAAUCUGGAAAUGUCAUUUAGAAUAUGGAUGUGCGGAGGAAAAAUAUAUAUUGUCACCUGUUCCCGUGUUGGUCAUGUUUUCCGAAAAACCUCACCCUAUUCAUGGCCUGGGGGUGUGGGUCGCAUUAUAAAUCAUAACACUCAACGUAUUGUGGAAGUGUGGAUGGAUGAUUAUAAAGACUUUUUCUACCAAAUUAAUCCCAAUGUAAGAGCUACAGAAUAUGGAGAUGUUACUGAGAGGAAGAAACUUCGUCAGAAAUUGAAUUGCAAAAGUUUUAGAUGGUAUCUAGAACAUGUUUAUCCUGAAUCACAGCUACCAAUAGAUUAUCAUUCUUUGGGAGAAAUACGUAACAAAGCGACUGGUUUAUGUUUAGACACAAUGGGUCGUAAAAAUGGAGAGAAUGUUGGAUUGGAAAGAUGUCAUGGUCAAGGUGGAAAUCAGGUGUUUUCAUUAACAUCCAAGGAAACCUUACAGACAGAUGAUCUCUGUUUAGAUGUGUCCAUUAUUAGCGGGCCUGUCAAACUGAUACAGUGUCACAGCAUGGGGGGUAAUCAAAGAUGGCAGUAUGAUGUCGAG